AGGUUUCUCCAGGCUGAAAUUCAUCAACUAUACGAACGACGACAUCAAUAAUUUUUCGACAUGGUUUUCCAAGUGAAGAAUGCUGAGGAAUUCAAUGCCAAGUUGAAAGAAGCUGAAGGAAAGCUGGUUGUGGUUGACUUCUUCGCCACUUGGUGUGGGCCAUGCACCCAAAUAGCCCCCAAGAUGGAGGAACUUUCAAAAGAGUACACGGAUGUGGUGUUCCUCAAGGUGGACGUGGAUGAACUGGAAGAAUUGACAACUCUUUACAAUAUAUCUUGUAUGCCAACGUUUCUCUUCUUCAAGAACUCGACUAAGGUGAAAUUACUCAAUUGAUGAUCCUUUGAAAAUAAUAUUG